AUUGUUUGCAACUCUGCACCAGCUGACAUUUGACAGGUUGUUGACAAUAGGGAAAAAAAGUGCAAACGCUAGUUUCUAUACCUAUUACAAUAAAAAAUAUUUUGAGACUUUGUAGUUACUCAUUAUUUAAUGUAACUUUAAUUGAAAUACUGUGGUGAAUAUAGUGUUUUUUGCAAUAUACGUUGAAGCUACUUAUUCACUCGUUGCCAUGGGUAACUCUGGUCUAAAACAACACUACGAAACUGCAGCUAAAACAGGUGUUUUACAAAUUUCUGAGAAUAAACUAAAAGAAAUACCCAAUGAUGUAUUUAAUCUAUGUGAUGUUCUUCGGAAUUUGGACUUAUCAAAGAACAAAUUAACAUAUCUACCUGAAGAUAUAUGCAAAUUAAAACAUUUGAAACAACUCAAUUUGGAUAACAACAAAAUAGACACAAUACCAAAUUUCUUAUAUAAUCUGCAGAAAUUAGAAUUACUGAAUGUAUCUAAUAACUUACUGGUGAAUUUACCUCAAAAUUUGAAUAACUUGCGUCAUUUGAAACAAGUUUAUGCCAGCCACAACAAGAUUCAAGAUUUCCCUAAACAACUGCUGGGAUUACAAACCCUAGAGGUUGUGGACCUAUCCUACAAUAAAAUAACCAGUAUUCCUCCAGGAAUGUCCCAAUUUUAUGCGGCAGAGUUGAAUUUAAGUCAAAAUGAAAUAUCACAAUUAGGUGAAGAUCUACAUCAGGCGCCAAGGUUAAAAAUUUUGAGAUUAGAAGAGAAUUGCUUAAGUGUAGAUGCUAUUAGUCCAGAAUUGUUGAGAGAUUCCAAAUUACAUACAAUUCAUGUAGAUGGAAAUUUAUUUGAACCAAAACAGUUGGCUUCUGUGGAAGGCUACAAUGAAUAUACCGAGAGAUAUACAGCAAUGAAAAAGAAGAUGUUUUGAUUAAAGCUUGUAUUUUAUGAGAAAUAUUGCACUGAGACAUUCAUAAUUGGAAAAUAUUAAGCAUCAUGAGUAUUUUUGUGCUCAACCAAUGAUAUUUAAAUAAUAAUUAUAUAAUUACACUUUUAUAAAUAAAAUGUUAUACACUGAUUAAUUUAAAUUUUCCAUAAAUUUAAUAAUUUUUGUUAAUUAUGUUUAUAUUCCGGUAAUGUAAGCUUAAGUGUGCAUGUGGCACAUCACAUGCUUACAAUUAUGGCAAGUCUUGGUGUGCCUUCAUUGAUAACUUGUGCAAGGCUUUUAUAAUGCAUGGGCUUUCCAUGCAGUUGGAACUUGUGCACAUAAAAUUAACUUCAGUGAUGGCACAUUUGCUACAUAAUACUGUGAUGUGUAUGUGAAGUAAGGCUCAGGUUAUGUGUAUUUUAUAUAAAGUCUAUGUGAAUAUUUAGUAUUGUUACCAUUUUAUAUAUUUGCUUGAGUGUAAAAUUAAAUCUGUGAUUUGUAAAUGAAUUCAAAAUACAAUAAAUAAAAAAAAAAUAAUUAUUUUUAUAAUAGUA